AUGUCUUUAUCACCCCCCAUGACCCCCUACAAGUCGGCCGCCUCGACACCGUCGGGCACGCCCACCGGCUCCUGGCGUCAUCCCGCAAUGGACAUUGUAGCCCAGCGGAACUCCCAGAAGGGCCUUACAGAGACGAACAUCCACCGGCUCAUGACCAAUGGGAUCUCUCUCGUCCUCUGCUGGUUUAUCGUUGCCUUUUUCCGCCAAAGCUCCACUCUCAAGAACCUAGUCCCCACCUCACCCACAAUCUCCUUCUAUGCCUUCUAUGCCCUCUGGGGCGUGCGCUCUCUCCUCAUCUGGAACAUACUCGAAAGCCUCUACAAGCUUCUACGGCCUGCCGAUGAGUUCACGGACAUCCCGCUGACCCCCGAGCAACGCAAACUCCUCGGGCUGAACCCUGACGUACCCCUCAGUCCCGCUGCCGCAGAAGGCAGCAUUGUCACGCCCCCCCGAUACACCAAGAACGCCCCCUCAUCAUCCCGCACCGGCUCGCCGGUUUCGUUCAACACCUCGGUUUCCUCGCCGUCGCCCCCGCAGAGCCGUAAGGCCACUACGACCCCCCCGCCGAUGACGCCCAGUCCAUUGAGGAUGGGCGGAGUUGUAGACCGCCGAAGCAGCUUUGGGAGCCCUAGCCCGGCGGCGCCGAGAGUUGGCAGCUCGGUGGUGCCGAACAAUAAGUGGCUGUAUGAGAAAAAUUUGCAGAGGAAGGGCGCAAUGAAUCUAGGUGCGGCGUUGGGGAUUAGUCCUAAUAGAGGUGUUUUCUCGCCUAGGCCCCCUGGGGGGCUGUAG